ACCGAGGAAAUGGCGGAUCCAAAUCUGGAGAGAUUUAAGCAUCCUGACUUUAGUGUCAGGGUAGAUGAGUUGAAGGAAAUGGUGAUGAUGUUUCGUGUCUCAGAACUUCAAGUGCUCCUAGGAUUUGCAGGACGCAACAAAACUGGGAGAAAGACGGAACUGCUAGAAAGAGCUCUGGCACUGCUGAAGUUUAAUUCUGUACCCGUGCAACUAAAGGUCCAAGAACUCUACAGGUGUGUGACGAAAGAAAGAAGAUACCCCCACAGGGGUAAUUCCCCACCAGUGAAAUCAGCACCCCCACUCAGUACGAGUGCUUUAUCAUCAAAUACCAGUACGACAAAUGCGCAUACAUCUGUAUCACUGAGUAGUGCGUAUACAAGCAGCAGCAGCCAUACACCUAUAUACAAUCCCCCAGGCUCUGUCAGUCACCUAAAUGCAGUUCCUAUCCAUCCAGACGUCCGACUGAGGAAAUUACCAUUCUACGACACUUUGGGUGAACUAGUGAGGCCUACAAGUCUAGUCCCACAAGGUAAUGCAAGGUUCCAGGAGUCAUUCGUAAUUUUCCACCUGACACCACAGCAAGCACAAGAAAUUGCAAUAUCAAGGGACAUCAUCGCGGGAGCACGCUGUGAGUACACCGUACAGGUGCAGCUGAGGUUCUGCCUGCUAGAGUCUACGUGUGAACAAGACGACAACUUCCCGCCCAGCAUCUGUGUGCGCGUUAACACGAAGAUGUGUCCGCUGCCGAACAUCAUUCCAUCCAACAAACCGGGUGUGGAACCAAAGCGACCAAGUCGACCCGUGAACAUCACAGGUCUUUGUAAGCUGUCUCCAACAUCCUCUAACCACAUCAGCAUUUCCUGGGCAUCAGAAUUUGGAAGGGCAUAUUGUGUUGCUGUCUACCUGGUUAGAAAGCUGAAUGCUUCUAUACUGCUGCAGAGGCUAAAGAACACAGGAAUCCGCAAUGCAGAGCACACAAAAGCAUUGAUUAAGGAGAAGUUUGCACAGAACUCUAGUUCAGAUUGUGAGAUUGCAACAACCAGCCUACGAGUAUCAUUAAUGUGUCCGCUGGGUAAAAUGAGGAUCCAGAUACCUUGCCGGCCCAGCUCUUGCACGCACUUGCAGUGUUUCGAUGCCUCGCUAUACCUACAAAUGAAUGAGAAGAAGGCCACGUGGAUUUGCCCUGUUUGUGAUAAAACUGCGGCAUUUGAGAAGCUGCAGAUAGAUGGGCUGUUCAUGGAGAUAUUUAAGAAGGCACCUAACAGUGAAGAUAUUAAGUUCAUGGAAGAUGGUUCUUGGCAACCGCUGGUGCAGACUCAGGAGACUCUACUGAUAGCAACUCCAGACAAACCAGAGAAGAGGCCUGCUAAAGUGAUGAAUGCCGAUGCGACUGCUCCUUCUCCCACUAAGAAGAAAAAGGAGAGCGAAGUGGUCAUUGACCUAACACUGGAUAGCGAUAGUGACGAUGACAACCCGCCGCCACAGAACAGCGUCCACGCGCUCGAUCUGAGCCGACCCAGUAGUAUAUCUCCGGGGUUAAUGCCUGUGCCAAUAGGUGACCCUAUUCCAGCUUAUCGAUUGUCUGACCGCGUAGUGUUUGGAGGACCACCUGCAUUAACGUCCAAUCAAAAUUCUAGACUUAUGCCCUUGUCGAUGGGUGAACCGCAAGCGUCGCGAUCAUCAGACCUAAUAACGUCGUCAGUGCCCGUGCCCGUGUCGCUGAUGCGAAACGUCGCAGCGGCGGCGGCCUCUAGUGGACCCGUGGAUUACACGCCAUCGUACAUGACCCAGUUCAGCUCACCGGCCACCAACGCACUAUACGGACCACGUUACGACAUGUUCACGCUGCUCUCGGAGCAGCAGCGCUCGAUGGGCAGCCUCACGUCGUUGUCGGACCGCCUGCUUGACUCUCGCACGACCAGCUCGACGCCCGAAGUCGUCAACCGCAUCAGUCCGAACCAGGCGGGCUCACCGCCAGAGAUCAUCCCGCUCGACUGACUGCUGGGAGCGUCUGUGAGUGAUAUUCCGAACGAGUGGGGCGAGUGGUGGAGCCGCGCGACGAGCCGAGCGUACGGUCUCGCGGGGGGGCAGGGGGCGUGCGCCAGCCGGGAG